UGAAUGAAUGGAUUGAUUGAUUGAUUGAUUGAUUACCUACAUGGCUGGUUUGCUCCAUGCCCCAUACACAGCUAGCUACCUGGCCGCCGGCUGCUAGCCAGGAAGAUGGAGACAGCCAGCAGCCAAGUGCUUGACUAAGUCCUGACUUAGCUAAGCACCUUUCCCCGCCGCGCGUGAGCCACGUGGCGCAGUCCCUCUCCUCUCCUCUCCUCUCCUCUCCUCUCCUCUCCUCUCUUCUCUCUCAACUAUCACCGGCUUCGGGGCCAUGAGAUGAUACUUUACAUAUGUAUCCAUCAGUCCAUACGUACCCCACCAACACUUUACCCAUCAUCUUACAUGGUCCAUCAAGUCUAACCCGCGUUCGCACAUGCUCGAGGUCAACAAGUACACUUGGUGCUGCAUAUUCUCCCGCAACGCCUGCCCAGCCCGUCUCUCUAUAUCCACCUGCCUAG